ACUUACAGCACACAACAAACUGCCCCAAAAUAAAGACAGCGACACAUUUAACCAGCUGUGACCUACAAUAUAUUUAUUUGAGGUCACAGAGCAGCCAGUACUACAUUAAUUGCACUUUAGAACUGCAAGCGCUCCUGCUUGUUGCUUUAAAAUAGAUCACGUGACGAUAACAUCGUCAUCACGUGAGAGUAACGUCGCGAGAGGACGAAUUGCCACUCGGAACUAGCAGCGACCAGAUAAACAGAAGUCGCCUGUAGUGUGGGAAGCAAGUGAUGAGCCGGGCGACAGGAUUUGAUUACGCCAGGGGGUUUUAGGAGCGGCAGGAACUGGAGGCCGCAGUGUGACGCGGUGCCCAAGGAGAUAUGGAGUGAGGCAAAUAUUCUUAUCUGCUCAAGUGCUAUCAUGGGGGCCAAGGAGUCUCGGAUCGGGUUUCUGACGUAUGAUGAAGCAGUGAAACGAGUGACUGACGUUGAACUGAAAAGGCUGAAAGAUGCCUUCAAGAGAACUUGUGGAGGUCCUUCCUACUACAUGAAUCAGCAGUGUUUUAUAAGGGAAGUCCUAGGUGAUGGGGUCCCCCCAAAGGUUGCUGAGGUUAUCUACUGCUCAUUUGGUGGAACCUCCAAAGGGUUACAUUUCAACAACCUAAUAGUGGGACUUGUCCUUCUAACAAGAGGUCGAGAUGAAGAGAAGGCUAAAUACAUUUUUAGCCUCUUUUCAAAUGAAUCUGGUAGCUGUGUUGUACGAGAGGAAAUGGAGAGUAUGCUGUGCAUGGUGGAUGGAGAAGUUCCUUUGUCACUUAAGAAAUGUUUUGCUGAGGGUGAAAAGGUGAACUAUGAGAAAUUUCGAAAUUGGCUUCUGCAGAAUAAGGAUGCUUUCACGUUUUCUCGAUGGUUGCUCUCUGGAGGAGUGUUUGUUACCCUUACAGAUGAUAGUGACACUCCAACCUUUUAUCAGACUUUAGCUGGAGUUACACACUUGGAAGAGUCCGACAUCAUUGAUCUGGAGAAAAGAUACUGGUUAUUGAAGGCACAGUCACGGACUGGACGGUUUGAUUUAGAAACGUUUGUCCCCUUGAUUUCACCUCCUAUUCAUCAGUCCUUGAGUGAAGGGUUGUUUAAUGCAUUUGAUGAAAACCGGGACAAUCACAUAGACUUCAAAGAAAUUUCAUGUGGACUGUCUGCAUGUUGCAGGGGACCCCUGGCUGAGAGACAAAAAUUUUGUUUCAAGGUAUUUGACAUAGAUCGUGAUGGUGUUUUGUCUCGCACGGAGCUUGCAGAGAUGGUCCUUGCUCUUUUGGAGGUUUGGAAAGAUAAUCGGACUGAUGCCAUACCUGAAUUGCACUUAGAUCUGUCUAACAUCACAGAUAAUAUACUGCAGUCCCACGAUACAACAAAGAGUGGACAUUUGACACUGGAGGAUUACCAGAUAUGGAGUGUUAAAAGUGCCCUUGCCAAUGAGUUUUUAAAUCUUCUUUUUCAGGUGAGUCAUAUAGUCUUGGGUUUAAAACCAGGCACCCCUGAGGAGGAAGGACACAUUAUUAGAGGCUGGCUAGAAAGAGAAAGUCGGUAUGGACUACAGAAUGGUCACAACUGGUUUCUUAUCUCUAUGCAGUGGUGGCAGCAGUGGAAGGAAUAUGUCAGAUAUGAUUCUAAGCUAACUGUUGUUGGACCAUUUUCUACAUUAAGCGGGGAAAGGAAUUUAUCGGCUACAUCCUCACCAGAUCAAAAGGAAGAUGACAGGAAUGGGUCAAACUUCCAGAAUUAUACAGAUGAAAAAUCUUCAGAUAACAUAUCAUCUGCUUCAGAAGCUUCAGAAUCAACUAUCACCGGUUUUAAUUAUUCUAGCAAUACAACCUCAGACAUGUGCUUUGCACAUCAGCAUAACGCUUCAGAUAAUAAUAACCAGUGUAUGCUCAGUGCCAAUGGGAAUGCAUUAUUGCAGCUUAAUCCACAGAAACCAGGUGCUAUUGACAACCAGCCUCUAGUAACACAAGAAACUGUAAAGGUUCCUUCCCUAACACUUGAAGGGGGGCGACUCAAACAGAGUCCAACUCUUGUCUGCACUAAAGACUUUGAGGUUGUUCCAGAGCCUGUGUGGAGAGCCCUGUAUCACUGGUAUGGGGCGAACCUUUCCUUACCACGUCCAGUUAUCAAAAACAGCAAAACAGAUCUUCCAGAACUUGAGCUUUUCCCACGCUAUUUGCUUUUCUUGAGACAGCAGCCCGUAACUCGUCAACAACAGUCAAACAUCUGGGUGAAUAUGGGUAUGAUGAGCCUCAGAAUGUUUCCUCAGCAUUUACCCAGAGGUAACGUUCCGUCUCCAAAUGCUCCACUGAAACGUGUGCUGGCAUACACUGGCUGUUUCAGCCGUAUGCAGACAAUAAAAGAAAUUCAUGAAUAUCUUUCUCAGCGGCUACGUAUUAAGGAAGAAGAUAUGAGAUUGUGGUUGUAUAAUAGUGAGAAUUACCUUACUUUACUUGAUGAUGAAGACCACACAUUAGAGGGCCUGAAAAUACAAGAUGAGCAGCACUUGGUAAUAGAAGUCAGGAAUAAAGACAUGAGCUGGCCAGAAGAGAUGUCAUUUAUUGCAAACAGCAGUAAAAUUGAUAGACAUAAAGUUCCUACAGAAAAAGGUGCCACGGGUCUGAGCAACUUAGGAAACACAUGCUUCAUGAAUUCAAGUAUCCAGUGUGUCAGUAACACACAGCCUCUAACAAAAUAUUUUAUCUCCGGAAGGCAUUUGUAUGAGCUGAACAGAGCAAAUCCUAUUGGAAUGAAAGGACACAUGGCAAAAUGCUAUGGCGAUUUGGUUCAAGAGCUGUGGAAUGGAACCCAGAAAAAUGUGGCACCUCUUAAAUUACGAUGGACUAUCGCAAAAUAUGCACCAAGGUUCAAUGGCUUUCAACAGCAAGAUUCCCAGGAGCUGCUAGCUUUCCUUUUAGAUGGUCUCCAUGAAGAUCUCAACAGAGUCCAUGACAAACCAUAUGUUGAACUCAAAGACAGUGAUGGGCGCCCAGACUGGGAAGUUGCUGCAGAGGCAUGGGAUAAUCAUUUAAGAAGAAACAAGUCAAUAGUUGUGGAUUUGUUUCAUGGACAGUUGCGAUCCCAAGUGAAAUGUAAAACAUGUGGACACAUAAGCGUUAGAUUUGAUCCUUUCAACUUUCUUUCUCUUCCUCUUCCCAUGGACAGCUAUAUGCACUUGGAAAUUACAGUUAUCAAACUAGAUGGUACAACCCCUGUGCGAUACGGCCUCCGGCUGAACAUGGAUGAGAAAUACACAGGCUUGAAAAAACAGCUAAGCGACCUGUGUGGAUUAAAACCUGAGCAGAUACUCCUUGCAGAGGUUCAUGGAUCCAACAUAAAGCAUUUCCCCCAGGAUAACCAAAAAGUUCGCCUUUCUGUAAGUGGUUUUCUAUGUGCUUUUGAAAUACCCAUUCCAGGAUCUCCAACAUCUGCCACAAGCCCCACACAAACAGAUCCCAGCCCAGUGCCAUCAUCAAAUGGGCCGCACAGUCUGUCAAACGGAGGACUGAAUCGACCAACACUAAUCCCUAAUGGGCUGCCAAAUACAGUAGUGCCAUGUGGAACAGAAAAAAAUGUAGGGAAUGGAGUUCUUAAUGGUCAUGUCUCCAUGCACCCAGGAGGUCCCUUCAUAGGCUAUAUUAUUGCAAUCCACAGAAAGAUGAUGAGGACUGAGUUGUACUUUUUGUCAUUUCAAAAAAAUCGCCCCAGCCUCUUCGGAAUGCCAUUAAUUGUUCCUUGCACAGUACACACAAGAAAGAAAGACUUGUACGAUGCCGUUUGGAUUCAGGUUUCCAGGCUUGCAAGUCCACUUCCUCCACAGGAAUCAAGUAACCAUGCACAAGACUGCGAUGAUAGCAUGGGCUAUCAGUAUCCUUUCACUCUGCGAGUGGUUCAGAAAGAUGGUAAUUCCUGUGCUUCUUGCCCUUGGUACAGGUUCUGCAGGGGGUGCAAAAUUGAUUGUUCUGAGGACCGUGCUUAUAUUGGCAAUGCAUACAUUGCUGUGGAUUGGGACCCCACAGCCCUUCAUCUUCGUUACCAGACAUCACAAGAACGGAUUGUUGAAGAGCAUGAGAGUGUUGAACAGAGUCGUCGAGCACAAGCUGAGCCAAUAAACCUUGAUAGCUGUCUCAGAGCUUUCACUAGUGAGGAAGAACUUGGAGAAGAUGAAAUGUAUUAUUGUUCCAAAUGUAAAACUCACUGUUUAGCCACUAAAAAACUUGACCUUUGGAGACUUCCACCAAUCUUGAUAUUCCACUUGAAAAGGUUCCAGUUUGUCAAUGGCCGCUGGAUAAAGUCUCAGAAAAUUGUAAAAUUUCCUCAAGAGAGCUUCGAUCCGAGUGCCUUUUUUGUUCCUAAAGGACCAACGCUGUACCAGAAAAAGCAAAUGGUGCUUCAAACUGAAGAUCAGUCGGAGACACGUUUACCCCAGGUAGAAGGGAAGAAGGAGCUUGCAAACUCAAUCCUUUCUGGAGAUGCUGAUGCAGCUUGCCGAAAUCAGCCAGUCCUCAACUUUUCAACAGGAAACAAUAUAAAAGUUGCAGCAUCACCAUCUCAAGGAAGGAAAGUGACUAUAAACUGCUCGAGCAAAAAUAAUAGCCCAACCCAUAGCCCGAGAAGCUUAGGAAGGGGUAAAGGUCGUCUUCGUUUGCCUCAAAUUGGAGUAAAAAAACUUUCAAGUAGCAAAGAAAAUCUGGAUCAAAACAAAGAAAAUGGCACUGAUAAUGAAAUGAAAGAUGGUUCAGAUAUGGUAGACUCCAGUAAGGGGCUUUGUGGAAGUCAAGGGGAGGUUCCCACUGUUCAGGAUACAGAGGUGGUCUUAACCAAUGGGCUAAAUUAUGAACAAAACACAUGCAGCAAUGGGCAGCUGGAAAACAACACAGGGGAAGAAGAGGGCGGCACUGAUGACCAAAGAGAUGACAUCAGCUGUCAACCUAUUUACAACCUUUAUGCAAUUUCGUGCCAUUCAGGAAUAUUGGGUGGAGGUCAUUAUGUCACGUAUGCCAAAAAUCCAAAUGCGAAGUGGUACUGCUACAAUGACAGCAGCUGCAAGGAAUUGCACCCUGAUGAAAUUGACACCGACUCUGCAUACAUCCUUUUCUAUGAACAGCAAGGGGUGGACUAUGCACAAUUUCUGCCAAAGAUAGAUGGGAAAAAGAUGGCAGACACUAGCAGCAUGGAUGAAGACUUUGAAUCCGACUAUAAAAAAUAUUGCGUGCUGCAAUAAAGUGACUGCUCUUCCAAUACCGCAGUAGGAUAUCAAGAGGAAAAACCUACUGGAACUGAAGAGAACAUGGUUUAUUGGUCAUUAAUUGACUGUAACAAUAGCACUGCAUGUUGACCGUGUCGCUAAUACAAACCUGUUUGAUGGAAUGCUAAAUUAUUUUAAAUGUUCCUCCGUUUUUUCCCCAUUUUGUUGGGAUUUGCUUUCUGUCAUAUAGAUUUUGUUUUUAAUUUAUUUUAAUACAACAGUUUCAGCAAUCAUUGCUGCCUCUUUCCAGCAGUCUUUCAUAUUGGCACAUUAUUACAUACCCUGCUUUUCUGAUUAACUGUUUUUUGUGUAUUUUUUUUUUUAAUCACUGUGCCAAGACUAGAUACCAACUCGCUGUUGGUAGUAUAACUGGAGUACUGAAUGGCUUCAGAUAUUUCUCCUUCAGAAUUCCUGCAUGUUUUCCAUUGGGUUUAUGCACUUUAGAAACCGCAUACACGCGAUUGAAUGUAAUAAGUGCUUAAUAUCAAUAAACUGCUAAAGAGGCGCCUAGAAAAUAAUCCCAUUUUUUAAAAUCAUCGUGAUUUACAUGAAAAACAGAGGGACAAUUAAAACAAUUUUUUUAAAAAAAUGUUUCCUAUGCUAGUUCCGUUGUUUUGUUUAAUUUAUUUUCAUGCCUAAGCACAAAUUAAAAAAAAAAAUAGGGAAGGGUUUUAUUGUGAAACUGCAUACUGAAUGUUAUUGUAGCAUCUUUACAAAAGUGAUGCUUGAGUGCUAAAAAAUGACCAUAACACUUUCACUGCUACCUUGAACUGUGCCAUGCCACUGCUAUAUGGUAUUGAUUCUCCUAUCAGUGACCGUGUUAAAUACUCUAUAAAUUGUUAAUCCACAGCAAGAAUAUUGCUUCUUAAUAUUAUACCACCAGGAAAGAAUAUGUAGUAAUGUACUUGUUCUAUGGCACUUCGACGAUCUUGCAUCUCAUUUUCUCGGACAUUUUAAAAGAUUUUAUUUAUUUUACCAAAAUAGACACAUAUAAAUAUGCCUACUAAGAGCACACUGAGAAAGGGAAAACCGAAAAUCCCCCAUCGAUUCGGAAUAGAACUAGAGCACAA